AUGGCCGACACAAACUCGCCUGCGCCUGCUGAGAAAGAAGCCAAACCAGUCGCUGAAGCCCAGCCAUCAAAACCCGAGGAAGUGAAGAACGAGCUGCCUACACAAGCGGAGGAAGAGGAAUCAGACUGGGAGGAGCUUGAUGAUGUUUUGGAUGACUUCUCUGCGACAAAGACGACCUCGCAAGCUGCGCAAGACAAGAUAAUACCAGAGUCUCAGGAAAAUCAAGAGAAAUCGAAUACGGACCUAUCAGCUGCCGACCAGGAUGCCCUAUUAAAACAACUAGAGGCUGGGAUGGCUGAAUUGAUGGGCGCUCUCCCCGCAGAUGCGAGCGGGCAGCAGACAAAAGAGGGAGACUCCUCGAAGGAGAGAACGAACGACAUACCGGGCAUGCCGCAAUUUUCCGGAAACGAAGACUGGAAUGCGCUGACAGAAGAACUAGAGAAGAAAGGAUUUACGGUGGCAGAUGUGAUGAAACUUAUGAUGGGCGAGGAGUUAAUGACAGGCGGAGAAGGCGUCCCUGGAAUGGACGGGUCAACGACUACAGAUAAAGCAUCAGGCACAGCGAAGCAGCCAUCGCCCUCGACAAAAAAAGGGGAAGAUAACUUCCAGGAAACGAUUCAGAAGACGAUGGAACGAAUGCAAGAGUCAGGUGACAAAGCCACCGCAGAAGUCAAUGAAAGCGGGAAUGAAGACGUAUUGAUGCAAAUUCUCAAGGCAAUGGAGAGCAGCGGCCUUGCUGGUACUGGCGAAGGAGAAGAUGGGAAUCUCGAUAAGCUUUUCAUGGGGAUUAUGGAGCAAUUGUCGAAUAAGGAGAUGUUAUAUGAACCUUUGAAGGAACUUGAUGACAAGUUCGGUCCUUGGUUGAGAGAGAACAAGGAAAAGAUAGGAAAGGAAGAUCGAGAGAGAUACGAAUUGCAGGCCUCCUUGGUAUCUGAUAUUGUUCGAAAGUUCGAAGAGAAGAACUUUUCAGAUGAUAAACCCGAGGACAGAGCUUACAUUUGGGAGAAGAUGCAAAAGGUACGUAAGAGUCUUUCUGCUGUGACUGUAUUUCGCUCUAACUCAUUCAUUAGAUGCAAGCCGCUGGAAGUCCUCCAGAUGAUCUCAUAUCUGCCCCAUUUAUGGAUGAAUCCAAACUCCAGGCACUUGGUCAAGAAGGGUGCGCGCAACAAUAAUAUUAAUAAACCAAUACUGCCCAUUUCCCUUCAUAUAUCCAAAAACGUCAGUGUAUUGUACAUAAAGUUAAACCCUCUCACUAGCCACCUUCGCGGUUUAUUUCCAACAGGGCAGGAGAGGGAAUGA